CCGUGCCCUGGGGAGCAGACAGGGACGGGGGAGCCGUUUGGGAGCACGAAAGCGCCGCUGCCCCGGCCGCCCCCUCCGCUGCCACCGGAGCGGCUCCCUCCCCAAGAUGGCGGUACAGGGCGGAGCGGCACCAGAACCGCGGUGCCGAGCGCCGGGAUGGAGCAGCAGAGCCCGCUGGACCACGGCGUCCAGAUCCGCUUCAUCACGGACCUGCAGGAGCCGCGCAGACCCCCCCGGCCCCGCGGCAAAGCCGGCACGUACGGCGUGGCCGUGCGCGUCCAGGGCAUCGCCGGCCAGCCCUUCGUCGUCCUCAACAGCGGCGACAAGGGCGGCGACUCCUUUGGGGUGCAGAUCAAGAGCGACGGCUCCUUCACCGGCCCCCCCGCCGGCCCUCGGCCCCCCGCCUCUGAUUUGGACCUACCGGAGAACCCCCGCAGCUCCUCAGACGACGAGGGGACCCCCCGGGACCUGCGCAGGUCACAGUCCCACGGGGACCUGCUCAGGGCCACCAUUGAGGAGCCCGUGGCCACCGGCGCUCCCCACGCCACCCGGCACAACCACAUUGCAACCAUGGGGAAGAGCAGCAGCUUGGCGAACAUCACGCCGGAGCGCGGCGAAGCCUCGUGGGCCGCGGUCCCCUCGCCGGACACGGGCGGUGGCGACGUGGACACCGAACCGCUGGGCUCGGUGGAUUCGCUCAUCAGCAAGUUCGACGGGCCGGGGCCGGCGCGGGGGCGCGUGGCGCGAAGGGGCCGCGUCCCCCCCGAGCAGAGGAAGCGCUCGCAGAGCCUGGACGGCCGCGGUCAGCGCCGCGACGCGCCGGACACCGCGGGGCUGAGCGGGACCCAGCGCCGCGCAGGCAGCGUCCGCCCCGCGGGGUCCCCCAAGGACACGGGGACACGGAGCCAGCGGGGGGCCCGGGGAGCGGAGGAGACACCGGUCGAGCGGCUGCAGCUCAAAUCCACCCCGGACCUGCUGCGGGACCAGCGGGAGGUCACCGAGCCCGGCGGCACUGAGGACCCCAAGGAGCUCAUCUAUGGCAUCCUGAGAGAGGGGAGCAACGAGAGCGAAAUGUCCCUGAAGAGGAAAACUCUGCGGCUGCUGGAGAAGCUGCAGGAGCUGGCGGUGCCCCCCAAGGCCACGACGUGUCCCCAGCCCCAGCACAGGGACCUGGCCAGGCGGGUGGAGGAGCUGCAGGAGAAGCUGGACGAGGAGACCAAGCUCCGCCAGAAGCUGGAGCUGCCCGGGGAGCCGGCGAAGCUGCGAGAGGCCGAGGGCGAGAACCGGCGGCUGCGGGCGGCCCUGGAGGCCAAAUCCCAGGAGCUGCAGAGGAGGAUGCAGGAGCUGAGCACGGUGACAGCAGCCAAGGACCAGUUGGAGACGCGGCUGCGCCAGCACCAGGAGCAACUUAUGGAGACGCAGCAAGAGCUCGACCGCCUGCGCCAGGACCCCGGCGCUGCCCCGGACGGCGACGCCGCGCACAAGGAGCUGGCGGAGGCGCGGGAGGAGCUGGAGGAGCUGCGGGGCCGGCGGCUGCGGCUGGAGGAGCAGCUGCGGCUGCGGGAGCGCGAGCUGACGGCGCUGAAGGGCGCGCUCAAGGAGGAGGUGGCCGCGCACGACCGUGAGCUGGACCGCGUGCGGCAGCAGUGCCAGAGCGACGUGGAGACGCUGCGGCGCAGCAUGGAGGACAUCUCGCAGGACCAGGCCAGCCUGGAGUCGGAGCGGCAGCGGAUCGGCGCGGUGCUGCGGAACCUGCAGCGGGAGCUGGAGGAGAGCACGGAGGAGACGGGGCACUGGCGGGACCUGUUCCAGAAGAACAAGGACGAGCUCCGCGCCGCCAAGCAGGAGCUGCUGCAGGUGAAGCUGGAGCGCGAGGAGCUGGAGGACGAGCUGCGGGAGCUGCGCGAGCGCUUGGCGGCCGCUCGCCAGGAGACGGAGCGGGCGCGGGGCAGAGCGGGGGACCCCGGCGAGCUGGACGCGCUGCGCAAGGAGCUGCGGGAGGCGCGGGAGCAGCAGCGGGAGCUGGCGGAGCAGCGGCAGAGCCGCGACGAGCAGCUGCGGCAGCGCGAGCAGGAGCUGGCGGCGCUGAGGGACGAGGCGUCCGGACACACCGAGGAGCUGGAGCGGCUGCGCCGGGACCUGCAGCAGCUGCGGGAGGAGCGGGACGAGGCCACCGAGGCGAAGGCGUCGCUGGAGAGCGCGAGGGCGGCGGCGGAGCAGGCGCGGGGGGCGGCCGAGAGCGGGCGGCGGGAGCUGCAGGAGCAGAACGACGACCUGAGGAAGAAGAUCCAGGGGCUGGAGGAGCAGCUGAAGGACUACGAGCGCUUGGGAGAGAGCUGGGAGGGCUCCCAGGCGCGGCUCAAGGACAGAGUCGCCAAGCUGGAGGCCGAGCGGCGGCAGCUGGAGGAGUCGCUGGGGGAGGCCGGGCAGCGGGAGCAGGAGCUGUGCGCGGCGCGGCGGCAGCGGGAGGAGGCGGAGCGGGCGCUGGCGCGGCUGGCGCAGGAGCAGCGGGAGCUCAGCGCCGCAGUGCAGGACGAGCGGCGGCACAAGGAGCAGCUGCAGCGCAGCCGGGACGAGCUGGAGGAGCAGAAGCGGCUGCUUGAUCGCACCACCCAGAAGCUCAAUAAAGAGCUGGAGCAGAUGUCGCAGGAGUCGCAGCGCUCGCUGGCCGCGCUGCGGGCGCAGCUGGACGAGUUCCGCGACAAGUCGCGCAAGGAGCUGGCGGAGGCGCAGAAACAAGCCCAGGAGCGCGGCGCCGAGCUGGAGAGCGCGCGGCUCGGCACCGGGCGCCUGCAGGACGAGGUGGCGCGGCUGAAGCAGGCGCUGCAGGAGCAGCAGGCGCAGCGGGACAGCGCGCAGCUGGACAAGGAGCUGCUGCUGCAGCGGCUGCAGGGGCUGGAGCAGGAGCUGGAGAAGCGGCAGCGCGGGCAGGAUGAGCGCUCACGGCACGCCAGGGUGAUGGAGGAGAAGGCCAAGCGGCUGGAGGAGGAGCUGGAGGAGGAGAAGGCGACGGUGGAGCUGCUGACGGAGCGGGUGACGCGCAGCAGGGACCAGCUGGACCAGCUGCGCGCGGAGCUGCUGCAGGAACGAUCCGGGCGCCAGGACCUGGAGUGCGACAAGGUCUCUCUGGAGCGGCAGAACAAGGAGCUGAAGAGCCGCUUGGCCAGCGCCGAGGGGCUGCAGAGACCCAGCGGCAACGUCCCGCAGCUGGAGGCGCGGGUGCAGGAGCUGCAGGAGCGGCUGCAAGCGGAGGAGAGGGAGAAGAGCACCCUGCUGUCCUCCAACCGCAAGCUGGAGCGGAAGGUGAAGGAGCUGAGCAUCCAGAUCGAGGACGAGCGACAGCACGUCAGCGACCAGAAGGACCAGCUGAGCCUGCGGGUGAAGGCGCUGAAGCGGCAGGUGGACGAGGCGGAGGAGGAGAUCGAGCGGCUGGAGGGGGCGCGGAAGAAGGCGCAGCGGGAGCUGGAGGAGCAGCAGGAGCUCAACGAGCAGCUCCAGAACCGCGUUACGGCGCUGGAGAAGGAGGCCUGGCGCAAAGCCGCCCGCUCGGCGGCCGAUUCGUCCCUGCGCGACGAGCCGCUGAGCUCGGACGAGGAGUCCGACAGCGCCUACGGCCCGUCCUCCAUCGCCUCGCUGCUCAACGAGCCCACCCUGCAGACCAGCUCCUGCUGACCCCCCCCGCACGGACAGAAACUCUCCUGGAUGCACCAGCGUGAAGGACGGUGCCGGAAAAACACCGGCACCCCCAUUCUGUCCGGCACCUUCGUCUCCAUACGGGUCUUGGGGUGUUUGCGCCGGGGGAGCUGCUCCCCAUGGCCGCUGUCCCCCUCAAGUCACCAGCUCCCCAACGGGGCUCCCGGAGGGCCGGGUUGUUUUGUGUCCCCCUCUCCGUCCCCCUCGAGCGCUGUUUGAAAUAAACCCCGGCGUUUUGGCG